AUGAUCUCGAGCUCCUCGCCCGCCUCGAUCCCGCAGCGUCAAGAUAACGGCCAGGCCCACGACUCGGCCGCCCCCUACCGCUCAUCCAGCCGGCACCGGUUGUCUGGCUCCGUGCCGCGGUCUCAGACGCAGACUCCAGCUUCCGCUUCAGACGCCUCCAGCAGGGCCAGGCCGGCGCCGGCAGCAGCAGCACAGCCCGCGGCGCGCACAACCUCUGGCGGAGCGUCGCGUUUCCCCUCGCCGCCGCCAUCGUCGUCCCCAGCAGCUGCCCCCGGCCCUGUCGCCGCCGACGAUGCGAAUCGAGCGUCCAUGGCUCACCAGAUGGGAGACGCCGUCUCCGCUCCCGGCAUGCAUCAGCAGCCGCCAUCCGUGAACCCAGCCGCGCCGCAGGGCCAGCAGCAGCCCUCGCCCACCUCGGACGAUUCCCCUGCGACUUGCCCCGGCCCCUGGCUCCGACUCAACGUCAUCCACGUCCGGGAUCUUCAACACAUCGAGAAGCUCGCCGAGGCCGACCUCGCGGGCGCCCCAGACCGGUCGGGCAUCCUGCACGACCCGCCGCUGCACCAGACCAAGUACGAGAUCAGUGCGAUGCCUAUUGCAGACGUCAUCGAGAUGGUGGCCGCUCUGCUGACGAAGAUAACGACUACAAACGACCUGCAGCACGAUGCCAUGCAGCGCAACGUGGCCCAUCAGCAGCAGGCCAACCAGUCGGCGGAUGCGCACGGCAGCUCCCAGAUGAGCCCACUCAGUCACUCGGUGCUUGCGUUCCACGGCAAGAAUGUUCCCGCCAUAACAAUCCUGAGCUACCUGUCGCGCAUCGACAAGUAUUGCCCGACGACGUAUGAGGUGUUCUUGAGCCUGCUGGUCUACUUUGAUCGCAUGACUGAGAGGGUCAACGACAUGGUGUCCCGCACCGAACGUAGCCGGCGGUCGUCGCGCACGCGAGGCUCAGCCUCGGUCGCGUCGCACGACACUCCGAUGGGCGAUGCCUCCAGGAGUCCCGACGAUAGCGACGAGGAUCUGGCCGAUGACGAUGACAGCGAAGACGAGGUCAUGGUGGAACCGCCGACCAAGUUCGCUCGAGAGGCGAGCAGAAACGCCGCGGCGCACGUUGGCGAGCGCUCGGUUGGCCUGCCGACGCCGGCGACGUACUUUGUGGUUGAUAGCUUCAACAUCCAUAGGCUGAUCAUCGCCGGAGUGACUUGCUCAAGCAAAUUCUUCUCCGACGUUUUCUACACCAACUCGCGAUAUGCAAAGGUUGGUGGACUUCCUCUGCCCGAGUUGAACCACCUGGAACUGCAGUUCCUAAUACUCAACGAUUUCCGACUGGCCAUUCCGGUGGAAGAGCUGGAGGCAUAUGCUACCAUGCUAGUCGAGUUCUAUGCCCGAGAGGUGGUAGCUCCUCGACUCCGACGCACUUAA